CUUAUGUACUAUACACAUACUCUUUUGCAUUAUAAAUAGAGACAUACAUUUACUCUUUCGUCACUCAAUUCAAUGCCAGGCCAUGUCCUUUAUCUCUCUUCAACUUAUCCUUCUCCUUCCCCUGACAUCUCAAGUGCUAGUCUUAAGUGAAACCCUAAUAUCUUAGAACAUUUUACCCAAGUUACAAGCUAGCUAAGCUACACAUAUAUAGUACAUCUAUCUUGAUUCUUGAGAUAAUAUCUAUCCUAACAUGUCCACCAUAGUGUAUCACCAUCACCACCAGCAUGGGAGAAACAAUAAUAGCAAUAGUAAUCCGCAAUCAUGUUACGAGACUGCGCGUAUGAGAUUGAGGGUUCCCUCAUCCCCGCCUCCAUGUCUAAACGUUCAGGAAGACGGUGAUGGAUGGAGUUCAAUCCAAAACCUCUCCUCUAACGCCACCGCUCCGUGCGUCCACUGUCAUAAGUCGUCUUACCGUAGAAUGAGCGAAAAAAGUCUCGCCAUGUGUACCGAGAUUCUCGGGAGUGAAACCGGUGCUGAUUUUAUCGACAACGACCUUCUCUCGAGCUUGCUUUCCUCCCACACGUCGCCAGGCAUGCAACAAGACGAUAAACUAAUCAGAAAAAGUUCAAACAUGAAGAGAAAUUCAAGGAGUAAUAACUUUCCACCUCCACUUUCAACAAUAAGGGGGGCUACUUCUCUACACCUCACAUCACGCCGGGAAGGCGGAAAGUUGGAAAUCAUGGCGGCUGAGGUCCCGUCGAGGAACUCCUUCCGUGAGGUCGACCCGAGCAAUGGUCGCCUCAAGAUUUUCUAUUUCAGUGACAAUGAAACCAACAUGGAGGGGAGUGAAAAAGAAGAAGUCCAGGGAAAGAAUACUAUUGAAGAAGUUGAAAAGGGAAUAGAAAAAUGUUUGGGUGGGAGCGGUUGCAAGGAAGGUGGACAUGGUAAUGAGGGACGGUCGUCCCAUUGGGAGAAGCCGUUGUUGGUUGCAAUUUAAAUAAACAUUAUUGUUGUUGUUUUUGUUCUUAUUAUUGUGAUCACAACUACAAUUAUGGUAAUGAUAAUUAUUAUAAUUCAAAAUCGGGGUUCUCUAAGGCCAUAUUUAAUUUUGAAAACUAGGAAGUACUACAAACAUAGUGUCCAUGCAUCUUCAAUCUUCAAG